AUGAACUGCUGGAAUGGAUAUGUAGCUUUCCAUGUUGUCCCAGUUUCACCUUUGGAAGGAGAGACACUGGAACUGAAUUGUCGGGGCAAAUACAAAUCCCAAUGGGAGAGGGAAUAUGCCUUUUACGGAAAAGGCAAGAAGAUCCAUUCAAUGAAGUCCAAAAGUCAUGAAUGUUUGUACAGUAUUAAAGUAAACGACACCGAUGACAGUGGCUGGUACUAUUGUAAAAUUAACCGGUGGAAAUCACAAAAUGUUAAGAUUCAGGUUCAAGAACGCUUUGCCAAGCCCGUACUGAGGGUGGAGCCAGCAGCUGAAGUAUUCGAGGGGCUCCAGCUUGUGUUGACAUGCAUUAUCAAGAUGGCACGGCCCUUGGCCCAGCUUCGCUACUUGUUUUACAGAGACAGCAUCGCUCUGGAGGUCGUGCCAAGUGAUGGUAGUGUGUUCAACAUCAGUGCAGCGACUGCAAUCAUUUCUGGGAAUUACGCCUGUGAAACGAUCGAGACGAUUUACGGUCUGAGGAAGAGGAGCGACUACAUUCACAUUUCUGUUAAACAGGCGUUCGCUGUCCCUAAGUUGACCGUACGUCCUGAGGGACAACUGUUUGAUGGCCAGUGGGUUAAACUGGUGUGCUCGGUUGAAGAGAAUCUCUCCCAAGCUUCCUUGUGGUACAGCUUUUACAGAAAUGGAGUCCCUUUCCAGUCUCUGUCCACCCACAGUGAUUACAUCUCCGAGUCAGCUCGUGUGGCGGAUUCGGGUACUUACCAUUGCGUUGUUACAGACAGUAAGGUGUGGAAACGCAGUAAUCAGCUCCAUUUGUCCAUCAGGCGAAUUCCAGUGUCAAAACCGGAUCUAAUAAUUCAACCCAGAAAGGAGCUAAUCGAAGGAGAGACAGGAUCCUUAGUCUGUUCAGUCUCCAAUGGUUCUUUGCCAAUUUAUUACCAAUUCUACAACGGCUCAAACACGGAACUGCACAGGGAGUUUUCCAACAGUGCCGAGCUUGUUUACAAAAUUGGAGCCAUCAGCAGAAGGGACGAAGGGCUUUAUCAUUGCUCGGUGAGAAAUGAGGCAACAGAUCUCCCACUGCGCAGUGAAGACAUAAAGAUCACAGUGAUAGUUCCUGUCGCAGAUGCUGUGCUGAUUUCCCACACUAAUGGGACUGAGAUGUGGGCCGGGGAGACCCUUGUUCUCCGGUGCCUGGUGAGGGAAGGCACUGAGCCGCAGUUUGUUUGGUACCGUGACAACGUGCCGCUAAGAAACGGCACUGCAAGCUCCCAUGUGACUGCCGAUGGUGGUGAGCUGGUUAUUCAUUCAUUCCGGAGAGAUAAUGUCGGGAGGUAUCACUGUGCAGCGAUCAACAAAGGAACCAAUGGCACCAUUUUUAACGUGACCAGCGACUGUAUCGGAUUCACGCUGAGAGGUCCGAGUUAUUCCACGGAGAUCGCGGCCUCACUUUUCCUAGUUCUGCUGUUUGCCAGCCUGAUCGCAUCCGUGUGUUUCAUCCACCGGAAGAGGGACGCAGGGAAUUCCUCAACCGUGUCACAUCCCAGCAGACCCCAACCUUCUGGUGAAGGGCCGGCAGCCAGCAAUGUGGAGUACGCAGUUGUUGGAGCAACAUACAAUGCUGAAAACACCGCUGCGGAUCUGGUUUAUUCAGUGGUCACCAUCAAGAAGACAACUGAGCCCUGCAACAGUAUUGGUUUCUCCUGCACUGGGAAGAAGGAUGCCAAGACUGACCCCAGCGAUAAUUCUAUCACGUACGCCACACUGAACUUCAGCAAGCCCUCGGAUGAAGAAGACAGAGUGGACGGAAACAUUUAUGAGAACAUUCUGCGCAAGUAAGGAGGGUGUGAGAAGACAGACAAGAGACGUGUUGUUCAAUUCUAUAAACCAUCUAGUUAAGAGGGAUAACAUAACUUCCGUGUUCAGACAACAAACUUGUGAACUUUGCAAUGGAAACCAUGUUGCACAAGCUGUCUGAAUCUGCUCGUUUUCACAUUGCUGCAUCCUUCAGUCUAUUCUAGAUCUUGUGGGCUGCUAUGGUUUGAAUUUACCAAACUAUUUCAGUCGCUGGUAGCCUUUAGAAAUUUAAUGCCUGCCUCUCCUUCGCUCUCAUGGACAUAUCUGAUGAUUGAACUUUUCAGUUCAUCCAUAUUUAAGGGGAGGAAUACAUCAUCUGUCCCCUUCUGCAAAUGCAUGAUCAUGAAUCUAUCCCAUUGUUAUCAACUUUGAACAGCAAUGGUUGGUCAGACCUGAGAGGUGGGAGUCAGUCGUUGUUCAGUGGAUUUAACCUGCCCUUUCUUACCUUGAAGGCUAAAGUGAUGAGCUCAUCGUUCACCGAGACUGAACGUCCCAAAUUCUCCUUAGACACUGAAAGACUUUAUUGAACAUUGAUGUAAUAUAGGAAACCCAGCAACCAACUUGCACACAGCAAAUCUCUCAACAGUUGGAUCAGAAUAACUCACAUCACUGUCUUCUGUUUGAUUAAAAAAAAUUAUAUUCUCAAAUAA